AUGUUUAGUCCGGAGGAGUCGAUGAUAGAAAUUCCAUCCGACUACCCUGAACACAGAGGCCCAACCCGCCGCUUGUCAACGACUUCGGACUCCUCCACCAGCACCAUCCUUGAUGCGCGCGUUCCCGUGGUAGCCAGUCAUCGGAGCCGCAGGCAUUCGAAGCCAGUCUAUGUUGUUCACGAUCGCAGUCGUCCAAAAUCUCGCUCUGAAUCGGCUCAGUUUACGAUCAUUAUGAAGCCAGAUGAUGAAGACAAGAUGAGUCGCCCAUCAAGAGCCGAUUCCUAUAGUUCAAGGGUCAUGAGGAGCAUUGAGGGCAGCGGUAGGAACGUCGAAAUUUCGCAGAUGCAUUGUCAUAAGCAGCCCCACUGCCAUCGCCAUGGCUUCGAGCCUCACCAACAGAGGCGGCGCUUCUCUCCAGUGGGAAAGAUUGUGGUGGAGAACUGCGAACCUGAAUUUGAAACAUGCCCUCAUAUGGACAACUGUCAGUCAAGUGUGGUGCUACGACACGUGUGCAAGAAAUGCCAAAAGGACUUGGAAAAAGGAAGACCUCUUAUAAGGCACAGGCCACUUACCGUUAUGUCGCCCGUCCAACCUCCGCCCAGCAGAGGCCAGUCGAAAGGCGUGAACAAGCGGUGUUUUUCCCCCGCGUAA